GAUGCACUCUGCUCACAGGUGCCGACCACGACCGCACCAGCACCACACCAGCGUGCGUCGCGGCCAAGUGGGAUCCCACCUACCCGCGCUCCGCAACGGCUAUAUUCCUCCUCGCCUUCCCCGCGCUUAAAUCCCGCGGCCCCUUCUUCCUCCUCAUCCCCUCCCGGUCUCCCGCACCAUCAAUCAAUCCUGAAUUCCUGACUCCGCAGACCUCCUACCUGCUCCCCAACGGCUACCAAUCCAAUCCAAUGGCGACGACGCCGGCGCGGCCAUCGCAGAGCGGGGCCGGAGGAGGCGGUGGCGAGGCGGUGUCGGUGCAGCACGUGGCCAAGGCCUCCUCGGACGAGCUGCUCCGCAAGUUCGCCGACCCGGACGACGACGACGACGCCGCCAAGCAGGGACCAACCCCGCCCCGCCGCAGCCUCGCGCUGCGCCGCAAGCGCUCGUCCAGGCGCGUCGCGUCGGGGCUCUCCGCGAGGGACUCCGGUACGGCGUCCGGGGCGGGGCUGGAGCUGGCGCCGCCCAAGCGCCGGCGCAGCAUCGGCGGGUCCACCGACUGGAGGGCCGGGCUGCUGCUGCCCACCACCACGGCCUCCUCCUCCUCCUCCGCGCGGAAGGGCAACGGCGGCCCCGCGCGCGCCAAGCGGGGCGCGCGGCUCGACGAGGCCGGCGUCGCGCACUUCCUCGCCGCGCUGGAGCGGACGUGGAAGAAGACGGUGGCGGGCGCGUCGAGGAUGUUCGUGGAGAGGCACCGGAGCAGCCACGUGCAGCUCAUCAGCGACAUGGUCUAGCAGAUGCCAUUGAAUCUAGCUGCUGCCCAUCCAUCACCUGCGCAAGGUUGAUGAUAGUUUCUGCGAAUCAGUUGAAUUCGUUUCACCGAUUGGUUUCAUAAUCUAGCGGAAAUAAAGACGGCAGAGAAGAAGCAAGAGGCGAAUGGAACCAGCUACACCAGGCGGGGUUCAGCCUCUUUCUCUGCCGUUGCAUGUGUGUUUGCUUAUGCUCAUUUCGUCACCGUCACCACAUUGUAAAUUCAAGUUUGCAAAUUCCGUACCACCGCUAUAUAUGCCAAUUGGAUUUUCAUCUUCCACUGCA